AUGGCAGGUGAUCUAAAUCUAAAAAAGUCUUGGAAUCCAGCAUUAGUUAAGAACCAGCAAAAAGUUUGGGAAGAAGAACAACAAAAGUUAGAUGAACUUAAACGAAUAAAAGAGAGAAAUCAGGAGUAUAAACAAGAACAAGAAUACUUGGAAUUACUAAAGCUACAGCAUGGAGAUCAAUUUCAAAUUAAAGACUUGAACAAACAGCAGAAGCUCAAAAUAUCCAAACUAAAUUGGAUGUAUGAUGAUGUACCAUUUGAAGGCAAUGAGAAAGUGGAAGAGAAUUCAAGUGGGUUUAUUGAAUCAAAUGUAGAGUUUACAGAUGGCAAAUCCAAAGUUGAGAAUUUAUUAAAAGGAAAUCAUGUUGUGGGCAAGAAGAGAGAUGGUAGUGGAACCAGUGAUAGAAUAAAUAAGAUAAUUGGGGUGGGGAUGACCAAAUCAAGUAAAGUCAGCUAUUCCGAUGAUCCAUUACUCAAAAUAAAACAGCAGCAACAACAGGCACAAAGAGUUGCCCGAAAACAACAUCCUAGUGAUAAGCAUUCUCAUCGUUCUAGACAUAGUUCCAAAAGUUCAUCCGAUAGAGUGCACAAAUCACAUGAGCACGAGAGAAGUCGAAAGCAUAAUUCCUCACAUACUCGUCACAAAGAUGGAUCACCCCACAGAUAA